GCAUCGAAUUCCUAAAAGGAUUUCGGGUGAUCCUGGAGGAGCUGAAAUCCGAGGGUCGCCAGUGCCAGCAGAUGCUCCUGAAGGACCCCAAGCAGCUCAACAGUAGUUUCAAAAGAACCAGCAUGGAAUCGCAGCCUUUUCUGAAUAUGAAGUUUGAAACCGAUUACUUUGUCAAGAUUGUCCCCUUUCCUUCCAUUAAAAAUGAAAGUAAUUACCAUCCCUUCUUCUUCCGGACGCGACCAUGUGAACUGCUGCUCCAGCCCGACAACUUGGCCUGUAAACCUUUCUGGAAGCCCCGGAACCUCAACAUCACCCAGCAGGGGCUCAAUAUGCAGGUGUCCUUUGACCACGCCCCCCACAAUUUUGGGUUCCGCUUCUACUACCUUCAUUACAAGCUCAAGCACCAAGGGCCCUUCAAGCGCAAGACGUGCAGACAGGAACAAAAUACGGAGAUAACCAGCUGUACUCUUCAGAAUGUCUCUCCAGGGGAUUAUAUAAUUGAGCUUGUGGAUGACACGAAUACAACCAGAAAAAUGAUGCAUUAUGCCUUAAAACCAGUGCAUUCUCCCUGGGCCGGGCCCAUCCGGGCCAUCGCCAUCACGGUCCCAUUGGUCGUUAUCUCUGCCUUUGCAACGCUCUUCACCGUGAUGUGUCGCAAGAAGCAACAAGAAAAUAUAUAUUCACAUUUAGAUGAGGAGAGCUCGGAGUCCUCCACGUACACGACCGCGGCCCCCGGGGAGAGGCUCCAUCCUCGGCCCAAAGUCUUCAUCUGCUACUCCAGCAAGGACUGCCAGAAACACAUGACCGUCAUCCAGUGCUUUGCCUACUUCCUCCAGGACUUCUGUGGCUGCGAGGUGGCCCUGGACCUCUGGGAGGACUUCCAGCUGUGCCGCGAGGGCCAGAAGGAGUGGGGCGUGCAGAAGAUCCGGGAGUCGCACUUCGUCAUCGUGGUGUGCUCCAAGGGCAUGAAGUACUUCGUGGAGAAGAAGGGCUGCAAGCAGCGGGCGGGGAGGCGCGGGGAGGCCGAGGGCGGCGAGCCCUUCGUGGCGGCCGUGGCGGCCGUGGCGGCCCGACUGCGCCAGGCCAAGCAGAGCUCGGCCGAGCUGGCCAAGUACAUCGCCGUCUACUUCGACUACUCGUGCGAGGGGGACGUCCCCGGCGUCCUGGACCUGAGCGCCAAGUACAAGCUCAUGGACCAGCUGCCCCAGCUCUGCGCUCACCUGCACUCGCGGGAAGGGGGCGCCCCGGAGGCCGGCCUGCCCGCGGGCCAGCUCAGCAAGCGGAAUUACUUCCGGAGCAGGGCCGGCCGCUCCCUGUACGUGGCCAUCUGCAACAUGCACCAGUUCAUCGCGCAGGAGCCCGACUGGUUCGAGAAGCAGUUCCUGCCCUUUCCGCCCCCCGCGCCGCACUUCCCGGAGCCCGUCAUGGCCAAGUUCGACUCCGGCCUGGUGCUCAAUGACGUGGCCUGCAAGCCGGCGGCCGAGGGCGCCGCGGCCGCCGACUCCCCCCCGGCCCUGCCCCGCUUAAGCCUGGAGGAAGACGGGGACCCCCGGAGCAGCCCCGACGGCAGCUGCGUCCUGCGGCCCCUGCUGCACGCCGCCAAGGCGGCCGGGCCCCCCGACAUGCCCCGGGACUCGGGCAUCUACGACUCCUCCGUGCCGUCCUCGGAGCUGUCCCUGCCCCUCAUGGAAGGACUCUUGCUAGACCAAAUGGAGACCUCGUCCAUGGCCGGGAGCGUCUCCUCCUCCUCGGGUUUAGGUGAAGAGGAGCCCCCCAUCCUCCCUUCUAAGUGCAUCGAUUCCGGAGCGUGUAAAGUCGGACUCAGCGGGCACAGUUUCACCGAUGAACUCCCGGUGGUUGGCCCGUUAUAACCCCCCCGAAGUUUCUAAUGCAUUUGCCACUUUAGCGACGACGGACAGCGCCUGUAUGUCAGCCCCCCGCCCCGCUCCCUGCCCCCUCGCCUACUUGAAGGAAUGAAAACCCCAAGUCGGGAUAUGUCGAGGAAGCCGUUGGCCAGUGCUAGUCCUCCUGCCCCUCAUUCCACCCUUGGGUUCGGUAAGACCCCUCAUCCACAGACUCUACCGAGAGCUUCGCCGGGGAACCCAGAAGCGCAGGAUGCCCCUUCCCCACUUUAAUUCUCCUUUGUCCAUGUUCACACAUCCCCACCAUUUCAUGCUUAUCACCCAUCCUUGCGUCUCCAACACGGCAGAAGGAAAGAGGUGUUGGAAGAGAAACGGCAUUCAGGGAGGGAGAGAAAUCGGGCUCCGUAAUCUUUACGCUUCUAGAGCUAUUGGGCUGGAUUUAGCAAAAACGGAAAGAUGUGGAUUUUCACUUGAAAUGACUGAUGCGACAAAAACGUUAAUGGAAUUAUAGACAUGGGUUUUUUCUAUGUCUAGAAUGAUUACGCAGUCUCUGAAAAAUGUUUAUUUGAAGAAAGGAACGGGAGUCUUCACUUAUGUAAUCACAGACACACACACACACAUAAACACAGUCUUGUAAAAAUGUAAUCUGGAAAGAGAAUACAGUUUAGCAGAAUUUAUUCUGAAUGUGGAGUCUGGGGGCCUGGAUUCACGGUCACUCCUCCUGCCCGUGUGACCCCAUAGUCCCUCCUCUGCACUUCAGUCCUUGUAUGUAAGUGAGUUAGAUUAAGUGGCUCCUGAAACCUCUCCCUCAGUCAUAGAUCUGUGACUUUAUGAUAUUGAGAAGCACUUGGAAAUGUGUGUCAGGAACUUGUACGUGACCAUCCUCUAAGUUUCCCUUCAAUCCAUGAUUCAUUUGUGAUUCCACUAAGUGAAAGGUCAUGUGGACAUGUGUUUGUUUUAUCGAGAUGGCAGUCUCAAAGUUGGAAGGGCCUCAGAUGUCCCAUAAUGCAACCCUUUAUGGACCCAAGUUUAGUUCUACUGUUUUCUCAACAAGACCUCAUCCACCUGGUCUUCCUGCAGACCACCAGUGAGAGAGAGCCCACCACCUCCCGCAGCAGCCCACCCCAUGUUAGGCCAGCUCUAGCCCUCAGCAAACUUUUCUUGACUUCAAACCUAAGUCCUCCUCUCUACUAGGGGGCAAAGCUAAUCCUUCUUCUCCAGGACGACCCUUCCUUUGUUCAAAGACAGCCUGAAUUUUCUUCUCGCCGGAUUUAGUCUCUUCAUUUCCUCUGACCCAUCCUUGUAUGGCGUGAUCUCGGGCCUUCUCAUCUCUGGGCUUCCCUCUUGCGACUGCUGGUCUAUGUCCUUCCUAGGAAGGGAAACCCCUAAGAGCGGGUAUGCUCUGAGCAGAGCACAGGAGGCACUAGCCUCCUUCACGCAGUUCGGGAGAGCAUUUACUUGUCUUGUUCCAAUGUCAUGUUGUGAACUCAUGCUCCCUGGAUCUCUUUCAUCAAAAUCAUUUCUUGUCUCAUCUUAGCUCAUUAUUCCUGUGCUCAGGAAGCUUUUUUUUUUCAGUUACUGUCCAACUUUAUCUCCAAUCAUUUUUCACUUAUUUGGAUCAGCCCAUCUGUUGUUCCAGCAUAUUGAGGUUUUGUUGAAUCCCAUCAUCCAGUGCAAUAGCUGUCUGUCUCAGCCUUGUGCCAUCCGCCAGUCUGCCGAGGGGGCUUUCUGUACUUUCCUCUGACCAAAAAAAAAAAAAACCGCCAGUCACGAAAGGGCCAUGGGCAUAUUCCCAUGGCCUUCCACCUUCCCCAUUCUCUAAGCCCUCAUAACUCAUCUGGGCCCAGAUCUGUCCAAUUAUACCUCCAUCCAGCCCACAACUUCCCAUUCCACCCGCAAGGAGAGCAUAACUCAUUUAAUGCUCUGCUCGCGCCUAAACACUCCAUUUCUUUGGCGUUCCUAUGGCAUAAACUGGGUACUGGUGCCAAAAAAGUAAAUGAGACGAGUCCGGCAUGACCUGCUUAUGUGAAGCCCUGCUUCACAAGCCAUCUCUAGGAUUGUAUUACAGAAUGUUGCCAGGAAGGCCCUUCUUCUUCUUUUAAAAGAUUUAUUUAAUAUUUUUCCCAUUCAUCUCCUCUCCCCCCUCCAGCCAUGAAGACAUAAAAAGAGAAAAAACCCUCCUAAUAAACAUACAUAGUUCAGUAAAACAGAUUCCUUCUUCAACCAUGUCUAAAAACUAAAGGUCUCAUUCUGCCCCAAGUCCAUCUCCGCUUUGUCAGGCAGUGGGCAGCGGCAGCCCUCCAGAAUCAUGGGUGAUCGUUGUGUGGGUGAGUUUUUAAAUCUUUUCAGUUUGUCUGCGCCUGACUAUUUUAUGCCUUCAGCAUCCAGCGUCAGAUUUUGGUAUUCCCGGGCCGUCGGUUCACCCCGUCACCCCCACGCCAACAUAAUUGUGCCAAAAGCAGCAUUGGUCCGUAGUCAGGUUCUAAAACUGUUACCCUCCAAUGUUAAGAGUGGAAAUUCCACAGACUAUGCCAGGAUAUCUUGUUAUUACUGACUUAGCUGGUGAAUGGAUGUGGUUGGACUGAGUCGAUUUUUUUUUAAGUGAGGUUAAGUGAGUUGCCCAGGGUCACACAGCUAGGAAGAAUUUGAACUCAGGACCUCCUGACUUCAGGGCUGGUGCUCUUAUCUAUCGUGCCACCUACCUGUCCCAGACAAUUGGUUUUUAGGACAGUGUAAAUGAUUCUCUUUCUCCAUCUUUUCCCGCCUUCUCCCUUGCUGUUGCUAAAGAAGACAACACAGAUUCAGUGCCUUUUAAGAAUCUUAAAACCAAUAACAUUCCCACAAAGAUUCUUUUGGACCAAUUGUAACAUUUUUCUCCCUGAUUCCUCGUUCAAGGAAAGACUCCAUUGGCAUCUUCUGCCCUGCAAAUUGGGGAUCUGAGCCGUGAAGGCAACAGCUAGCUUUGGAAGGGUCAGGUAAUAGACAGAUCCUUCGUCUUUGAAAGAACUUAAUGUAAUUUAUAUUUUCCAGACCACAAUUUAUUUUUAGUAUUUGUCACCAAAUCCUAUAUACGUUGCAGUAUCUCGGGAGAAGCUCAGAUAAGCAUUGACUCCCCGGUGAUACCAUUGUUGCGAUCACUGAUAAUAUUGUUGAAUUAGUGCCAUCUUGGGAAGCGGGACUGGGUGUUUCCCUUCUCCGUGACAGCGUUAGGUGGGAGAACCAGCAGAAAAGAGAAAGAUCCAGAGUAAUAAGAGAACCGUCUUUCCUCCCCUGGGACUGGCCCCGAAGAAGAGAGAAGAGGAAGAGGAGACGGACUUUCUCGUCUCCCAUGUGCAAGGAAUACAGCUGUUUAAGUCAUAAACUCCUGGGGAGAAGAGUCUGUGUCCAAGUGCUCCCUAAUGUAAACGAUCAUCCCAGGCUUUGUGCGGGCAGCUGGUAGCCUCCAGUUACAGGAACGUGCUUAUCUCUUCUCCAGCAUCCAAUCUGGGACCAUGUGCAGCUGCUAGGAUAGGCUCAAGUUGCCUGAUGAAAAGCAACAGGUUUCCUCUGUAAAGAGUUAUAUUUGAUUGAAAGAAAGAUCCACUCCCUCCCCCUCCUGCCAGCCUCCAGAAUCAGUUUUGCCGCCCGGCCUGUCUGCAAGAUGGAAUAUCUUCUGUCUCCUCCAAAUCCAAGGAUGCUCCACGAAACACACGAUGACAAAGAGGCAAUUCCUAUCAAAGUUUCACACGAAGCAAACGACUGUAGCGUGCCAUGUAGUCUGUAUCCCUGGCACUCUGCUACGUGCCAGGGAGCUAGUGGGUAUUAGUAACUGCUUACUAACUAAACUGCAUCCAAAUGUUUCUGACCAAAAUCUUACAUCCAAGAUGUCUAGAAAUCGGAUACGAAUAUAGAAGAGCGGGAAUCAUCCCCUAGGAUGUGAGUGGCCAAAAUAUAUGAAAUCUCCAAAAGAAAUGCCCCAGUCAGUAAGCAUAUUUCUAUUAAGUGUCUUGAAUCACCAGCAAGAGAAAGGCAAAUUUAAACACCUUCAGUCAGGAUAGAUUUGGUGAAGAUUGGAUAGGUUUGCAAACCCAAAUUCAGCACGAUAAAACCAUGCCUUUUGUGCCCUUGUUAAGUGAGUAAUUUCUUAUCUGUGCUAAACAAACAUUGAAGACCUAAAGACAGGGGGACAGGGACCGACUCUGGGUUCAAGAGGACAUGGAAGCAGCUUAAGCAAAAGCUACUGAUAGAAGACAGCGAUAUAUUACGUGGGUUUCCAAAUCACCCGAGACAUGUUGCUCAUUGGUGCCGUAUUUUGUAGAGUCGGUUAAUGUGCCAGUGAAGACCCUCAGUAUUUUAUUGAGAAGAGCAGAUCGUUUGAAAAGAUUCCCUUUGGUUUGGGAAUGGGUCUUGAUAUUUUAUGUGAAACAUGGAUGUUUCUAAGGCUCUGGGAAUUCAAUUUGAUUUGGUCUAGACCUGUGAUUUGAAUUUAUGGGGGAACUCCUGCUUAUUCACAUUGGCAGCAUCCUUUUUAUAACACAUCUGUGUUGCUUUAAUGUGUACAGAAUCUCCUCAUGGAAGUCUAAUUUCAGAUGGAACUGAAAAAAAAUUCCAGUUAGCCAAUUUCUUUUUUUUUUCUUUUUUUGCUGAGGCAAUUGGGGUUAAGUGACUUGCCCAAGAUCACACAGCUAGGACGUAUUUAAAGCGUCUGAGGUCGGAUUUGAACUCAGGUCCUCCCGACUUUAGGGCUGGCACUCUGUCUACUGUGCCAUCUAGCUGCCCCCUAAUUUCCCAAUCUUAACUCUUUUUGUUUUCAUUUUUUAUAUUCCCUAAGACUUGUCUGGGUCUUGGGGCAAUGUCUGUUUUCUCAGAUUUAAAACCAGAGCCGCCUUUGGGUCAACACAUCCCCUGGGAGGGAAAUAAUGAUGGAGCGAAGGGAUCAGAGGAGUCACAUUCUUGGGGGCUGUAGACUUCAUAUUUACUCUUACUCUCCCCUCCCUAACAAAAAGUUAAUAUCAUUGAAAGGAGUUCACUAGUAGGUUAAAUCAAUAUGAAAACAAGAUUGCUGGUGUGGAUAAGCUACUGACCUGAACCGGUCAUGCUGCCUGCCUCAGAAGUUUGUUAUUCAGGAGGGACAUGUAGAAAGGGAAGUGUGUGUGUGUGUGUG